AUGCGGCCCCGUUGUAUUCCCUGCGAUCGAUAUUUCAAUAGCGACACAAGCCUGAACCAGCACAAACGAACCUCACUUGCACAUGCCUUCAAUUGUAACCCUUGCAAUCGUCGUUUCGAUAGUGAAGACGCCCUGCAGCAGCACCUACGGUAUUCACCAGCGCAUGCCCCCUCCUUUAGCUGUGACGACUGUGAUCGAUCCUUUAACAGCGAAGAGGCCCUGCUGCGGCACCUGCGGGACUCCCCUAAACACCAGCAGGAUACGGAGACCCCUUUGGAUGCCUUUUUCAGCUCUUUCUCAACAUUUCAUUAUGACCCUUCUCUACCACCGGCUACUUCGUAUGCAAAUUUGCGGAGACACGAAGGAUGGCGCCGUGGCAAUUCCACGGCAGACGUUGCAUGGGAUAAAUACCAAAAGGCGCUGCAAAGCGAACUAGAGAUGUGGUAUGGGGCAGAGAACGAUUUGACUGCGUGGCACGUGCUUUGUCGUGCAAUUGGUGUCGAGCCGCUUCCGAAGACAUGUGAGCAAUGCGAGCAGGCUGUACGAAGGACACAUGUUAAUAUUGUUGACUUGAUUGCCUGGGGAAGAAGUGGCAGUGAGGACAAAGUUCAGACCUUUCGCGACGUGGCAGAACUACGGGCCUACACUAAAGAGACCGGCAAGAUAUUUCGCAACCCGUUCGACCAAGAAAGUGGUAAUGUGGUCUUGAGACACCUGCUUCGAAACAUCUUCCGAGAAAGUUUGUAA